AACUACCUGCUUAAAUCCUGCAGAAUAUGAUUCUUAUUAACACCAAGAAGAAGCUUGAGGCUGAUCUGCUCCAGGUUCAAGGUGAGGUGGAUGAUACAGUCCAGGAGGCCAGAAAUGCAGAGGAGAAGGCCAAGAAGGCCAUCACUGAUGCUGCCAUGAUGGCUGAGGAGCUGAAGAAGGAGCAGGACACCAGUGCUCACCUGGAGAGGAUGAAGAAGAACAUGGAGGUGACUGUCAAAGACCUGCAGCACCGUCUGGAUGAGGCUGAGAGUCUGGCCAUGAAGGGUGGAAAGAAACAGCUCCAGAAACUGGAGUCCAGGGUGUAUGAGUUGGAGAGCAUGUUUUUUCUUUACGGUGUUUGGAUGGCUGUGGAUUAGAGCUUGCAGAAGAGG